AUGCCUACCCAGUCCAUUCUGUGCCCCAGGAUGAAUGAAGUGCAAGAGCCAUUGAUCAUGUUUCACUCUCUGAAUUCCAAACUGGUGACUGAGGCAUCUACCAGGCAACUUGUUCUUGAACUUUCACCUAACCUACCAAGCCAUCACAUCGAAGCCAGCUUGACCUGCGACAUGGAAUUCGCAUCUCGAAAUUUUAUUCACGAGUGGUUAUCGAAGACAGAGGACUGCUAUGACCAAUCCAGCGUAGCCAGAAGACCACUUUCCGGCCACCAAAGGCCGGAAGAGGGAGAAUUGCGUAGGUAUGAGCGCAGACCACGACACAAAACCAAAGACGACCAUUACGAAUACAACGGAAGCUCCCGGACGAAAGAGAAACAUCGCACCAAGUCCGAGAAGAAACCCGUCAAGAAAAACAGAAAUCACACUAUAAACGACAAUUUUCACGCUUCAAACGUACCCCGAAACCGCGUGACUGUUCUUCUUCUAGAGUCUCUUCUCGCUUUCUCAGAAACAGAGUUCCUGGAAAAAGCGCCACUACCUGACAAAGAAGAUCAUUGGACAGAUCGCGAUAAAGAAAGGAAAUGUGGCUCGCGAACUGGGAUUUCCAAAAAAUUGAUGGAUAGAUUCUCCUUCAACAGCCCACGCGCAAACAACGUCGGUCAAUCUGAGUUCGUGGAGGAGGAAAGAUCCCAGCCAAGUGACAUGACGCUCUUGAAAACAACAAACCAGUAUACAGGGUUUGCUUCAUCCCAUAACCCGACAAGUAUACGGAGAUGUGGUGGCUCUGACUUCACAUCCUAUAGGGGAAUUGCUGUCGGAGGCCGUACCUUGGAUGGCGAUGAAGCACCCAGGGGGCGAUCUCGCGUUCCUAAGCCCUGCAACGCAUUCUACUUUGACCAGACUCAGCUCGCGCUAGAACGGCUAUUUGAUCUUUAUUGCAAGCACCUUCUACUGUUUGACUUGGCCUCUGGAGAAGGAACCGCGAGUAUAUCGCACAGAACGAAAAGGUAUUGGAACCUGAACGAAUUGAAAUCCCUACUCAAGAAACGCCAAAGACUAUGGGGCCCAGAUGGAACCGGGACCACAUUCGCGGAGGGUCUUAACCUGCGCACGUCAGCAAAAAGACGCAGUAUAACCCCUAAUGACUCGACUAUGGCCACGGCGCGACCAUUCAAGAGAAGGAGAAUCACUUCGGAAAGUGGAACUGAACAUGGAUCUGGCCUUGUUGAUAACCCUUCUCGGCCCCCGGAGCAAUCUUUUGGACGUGAAAACUGGCCGAAUGAACCGCGAGAGGGAAGCAGCCAUAUGGUGAUGGGAACGAACGAUGGGACAUCCGAUUAUGCUCUCGGUCUACCAAGCAUGGUUACCCGUACCCCAACCUCGGCAGGGAUAUCGGAGGGUGGGGGAGCACUGUAUUCUCCCUCGUGGAUCCAGGUCCAUGGAAGUCGCACGCCUGCAAAGUCUACAUCGGACCAUGGCCUGGAUAGGGCUGGUGACACAGCAGCUCACACCCACAACGAUGUUGGCAUCGAAUAUAACAUCGGCAGAACAUUGUACACUGCGGACCUCGAUGCGGAAUAUGAAGGGAUUGUCCACUCUGAGGAAGUGGCCCCAGGAAGCAUUCUGGGGGUUGAAUUAGGGGACUACAUGAAUGACACUAUGGGUGCAAGGAGAAAUGGCAGCAUCUGUCCGGCCACGCAGGAUCUCCAUUACUAUUGCGGACUGACUAUUAGACCGCUCUCCCGUACCCCUUUCGACACGGCAGGGACCGCAUUGGAGGAAGAACACUCUCCAACUGAAUUUCAGAACACGAACAAAAGCUCGGAAUUUGCGCAGUCGGCAUAUGGACCCAAGCACCAGGGGUCAUGUCAUGAUGCAAUUACGGUGUCCAUAAAGGAGAUAUGCGAUACCUAUCAGUUACCACGGGAUGAACCACUCCACUGGGACGGAAGAUGCAAGUCGUAUAAGGCUAGGGAACAGAGCCAAUAA